GAAGCCAUCUCGCUUGGUGGCAGGGAUGGGAAGCAGUCGCAUGCACAGAGCCGUCUCAUGGAAAAGGAGCCUUCAUCAGAUUGACAGGCAGCUGCCGCUUUCCUUUUGUUAGAGUUCUCUCCUACAGACUCAUUCCCGGAUGUUUUGUUCUGUUUUUUUUUAAACCUUCUCUUAUGUUUUAAGGAAAUGUUGUAAAAUGUGUCGUUUCCGGAAUGAAUCAAACUGCACCUGAGAUGUAAACCCUUCCCUUUCCUUAUUUUUUGCCUCUGCUUCCUUCUGUAUUUUGAGAUUCGUCUCUCCCAUUGCUCUGGAGUUGAGAGAACAGUUGUCUCCUUUCCACUUCUUCUGCCUGCAAGGAAUUUUUUUCAUCUCUAAACACUUUUUAUUUUUCUUUCCUGGUGGCUUCAAUUUAUUCUUGGAGGAGGUCGCCUUACCACCACGACCUCCCUUUGUUUCAGUUGUUGUGAAACACUUUAAGUUUUACUAUACCACAAGGAGGACAGAUGUGCACAUGUGUUUCUGACUAGUCUUAAUAGGGGGUUGCUGGAUGACUUGAAAUGGCAGUCUAACAUAAGAAAAGGUAACCCCACUCAAAGCCUUUGAUUGUGCAACGGAUUGUCAUAAAGGAAACUGAAGUGGAAUAACAGUGUGCGACCGCUCCUUGGCAUGCUUCUUGUAUCCUCGGUGUUGGGACUGCCAAAGAUGUUGCAGACAAUUUAUGAAACUGAAUCGUGUUUCUCUUCAGAUGGAGUCUCUGGGCGUGAGCCAUCCUUGGAACUCCUGUCGCGGGCACAGAUCCAUGCCAUACCUGUGGCAGCUGUGGACUUGAAGCCAGUACUUCCUGUGGUUAUGCAGAGCUCUUGCAACAGCAGCAGCAGUAGCAGCCCGGUGGACUUGCGGAUGGAUGCCCGGCCCAGUGUGCCUACCAUAGACCCAGCCGCCCGGGAACAGCAGCUGCAGCAGGAACUACUGGCCCUGAAACAGCAGCAGCAAUUGCAGAAGCAGCUGCUCUUUGCUGAGUUUCAGAAGCAGCACGAACAUCUAACGCGGCAACAUGAAGUCCAGUUGCAGAAGCACCUCAAGCAACAGCAAGAGAUACUGGCAGCAAAACGACAACAAGAAUUGGAGCAGCAACGCAAGCGAGAACAACAGCGGCAAGAAGAGCUGGAGAAACAGCGUCUGGAGCAGCAGCUACUUAUCUUGCGCAACAAGGAGAAAAGCAAAGAGAGGUUUUUCUGUAUUUUCCCAGGUGCCAUUGCCAGCACUGAAGUGAAGCUGAAACUUCAGGAAUUCCUUCUCAGCAAGUCAAAGGAACUGGCUUCAGCAGGCGGCUUGAACCAUUCCCUCCCUCAGCACUCCAAAUGCUGGGGGGCUCACCAUACCUCAUUGGACCAGAGUUCCCCUCCCCAGACAGGAAGCCCGGGAACACCACCCUCUUGCAAACUACCUUUACUCGGCACUUAUGAUAGCAGAGAUGAUUUUCCACUCCGGAAAACAGCCUCGGAACCCAACCUAAAAGUGCGUUCACGAUUAAAACAGAAGGUUGCUGAGCGAAGGAGCAGCCCACUGCUGCGGAGGAAAGAUGGGACCGUCAUCAGCACCUUCAAAAAACGAGCAAUCGAAAUCACAGUGUCUUCAAUGUGCAACAGUGCCCCGGGGUCUGGCCCCAGCUCCCCAAACAGCUCCAACAGUGCUAUCACAGAAAAUGGGCUCACAGGCUCAGUGCCUAAUAUCCAUACUGAGCAGAUGCUGCCCCAACACCGAGCUGUCAAUAUGGAUGGGUCGGCUAACCAACUCAGCUUGUACACUUCCCCAUCUCUGCCCAACAUCUCCUUGGGACUUCAGGCUACCGUCACAGUGACAAAUUCGCACCUCAAUGCCUCUCCGAGUCUUUCCACUCAGCAGGAAGCAGAGCGGCAGGCCAUCCAGUCAUUACGACAGGGGGGUGCCUUGACAAGCAAGUUCCUGAGCAUGUCGUCGAUCCCCAGUUGCCUUCUGGGGGUGGCCCUUGAGGGCGAGACCAACAACCAUGGCCAUGCAUCUUUGCUUCAACACGUCCUGCUCCUUGAACAGGCUCGGCAGCAGAAUACACUAAUUGCUGUUCCUUUGCAUGGCCAAUCCCCUCUGGUGACAGGGGAGCGCAUCCCCUCCAAUCUGCGGACUGUAAACAAGCUGCCUCGGCACCGACCUCUGAGCCGCACCCAGUCAUCACCACUGCCUCAAAGCCCUCAAGCAUUACAGCAUUUGGUUGUGCAGCAACAGCAUCAACACUUCUUGGAGAAGCAGAAGCAACAACAGAUUCAACUGGGAAAGAUCAUCACCAAGACUGGUGAGCUGCCACGACCACCGACCACACACCCUGAAGAAACAGAGGAAGAGCUUACAGAGCAGCAGGAGACAUUGGGCUUAGGUUUGAGCCAAGGGCCUUUUCUGGUGGAUGGGUCAACAGAGAGUGAGGAAACACAGGAUGACUUAGAGGAGGAGGACAAAGUGGUGGAGGAGGAAGAGGAGGAGGAGGUGGUUGAAGAACAAGUAAAGGAUGAAGCUGGAGAGAACAAGCUGGAAGAAGAACAGGAGGUGGAAGAGCUGGGAGUGACCUACAGACAGGUGUUUGCAGAUGCGCAUCAGCUGCGGCAUCUUCAGCUCUACCAGACACCUCUAAGCAUUAGCACUCUACCCCAUCAAGCCCUCAGCCGCACCCAGUCUUCACCAGCAAGCACUAGCCUGAAAAGCAGUACAGUUGAACCUGCGGCCAAUCACCUUUUCACUACAGGAGUGGUUUAUGACACUUUCAUGUUGAAACAUCAGUGUACAUGUGGAAACACUAAUGUUCACCCAGAGCAUGCUGGGAGAAUCCAGAGUAUCUGGUCCAGAUUACAGGAAACAGGACUGCUAAGCAAGUGUGAGAGAGUUCGAGGCAGGAAAGCGACACUGGAUGAAAUCCAGACAGUCCAUUCAGAACAUCACACAUUACUAUAUGGAACCAGCCCUCUGAAUCGGCAAAAACUUGACAGCAAGAAAUUACUGGGUCCCCUUACUCAAAAGAUGUACACUGUCCUUCCAUGUGGUGGAAUUGGGGUUGACAGCGACACAGUGUGGAAUGAGAUGCACUCAUCUAGUGCUGUCCGCAUGGCUGUUGGCUGCUUGGUGGAGCUGGCCUUCAAAGUAGCAUCUGGGGAGCUUAAGAAUGGAUUUGCUGUUAUCCGUCCACCAGGUCACCAUGCAGAGGAGUCCACAGCCAUGGGCUUCUGCUUCUUCAACUCUGUUGCCAUAGCUGCCAAGCUUCUCCAGCAAAAACUUGCCAUCAGCAAAAUCCUCGUUGUGGAUUGGGAUAUUCAUCAUGGCAAUGGCACCCAACAAGCAUUCUACAGUGACCCUAAUGUGCUAUAUAUCUCUCUCCAUCGCUAUGACAAUGGCAAUUUUUUCCCUGGCAGUGGAGCUCCUGAUGAGGUCGGCAGUGGGAUGGGUGUAGGUUACAAUGUAAACAUUGCCUGGACUGGUGGAGUGGACCCCCCCAUUGGUGACGUGGAGUAUCUGACUGCCUUCCGGACCGUGGUGAUGCCGAUAGCUAAUGAGUUCUCCCCAGACGUGGUCCUCAUUUCCGCUGGCUUCGACGCUGUGGAGGGACACCUGUCUCCACUGGGUGGAUAUUCUGUCACAGCCAAAUGUUUUGGGCACCUGACCAAGCAGCUGAUGGAACUGGCGGGUGGACGCGUGGUCUUAGCAUUGGAGGGGGGUCAUGAUUUGACAGCCAUCUGUGAUGCCUCAGAAGCCUGCGUCUCUGCCUUGCUUGGCCUUGAGCUGGAACAACUGGAUCAAACCCUGUUACAACAAAAGCCCAACGCAAAUGCCGUGGCCACAUUGGAGAAUGUCAUUGAAAUCCAGAGCAAGCACUGGAAUUCAUUGAAACGUUUUGCAGCGCUUGUUGGCUGUUCCUUGCUGGAGGCACAGAAGGGUGAGGCCGAAGAGGCAGAGACAGUCAGUGCCAUGGCAUCACUGUCAGUGGACACAGAACAGGGUAAAGCAGAGUGUGAUGUCCGACAAGUAGAAGAGCCAAUGGAAGCCGAACCCGUGUUGUGAAGUGCCAAGACUUCGAUUUGUGUAGCUGUCACUCUGUGGGUUAAUUGGUCAUUUGUGAGUUCGUUAAAAUAACAACAACAACAACAACAACAACAAAAUAAUUUUUUAUCUAUUAAAAAGGAAAAAAAAGAAAAAAAGAGUUGCACUGGACAAAAUGAGCCCGUGUGUGUAUGUGUGUGUGUGCGUGCUCGCGUCAGUCUCCUGGCAUUCGUUCUCACCAGCAUCACCAUUUUGUCCUAACUCUUGGGGAUUUGUGAGGGGCAUGGUGGGUGGGGGGGCUUUCACAUGGGCAUCUCCUCUGUUAUCCCUUUCUUAGACAUCAUUGCCACCCGCCUCUCCUUGCCCACGAUCAAAUUUGUUCCUUUCCCAGGGCUGGUUUAUGCCAAGUUGCUGCCCUGGGUGAAAAUUCAAACAAACACACAGACCGUAUCUAAAUGGUAGUGAGAGAAGGAGCAGCAUUUCUUCCUCACAGGUGUUGCAAGGUUCAGCUCCUUUUCCUUAGCACUCUAUAUAAGCAAAUGGACAUUUUCUUCUCCAUUCAUUUGUGUGAUGUGAAUGGAGAUAGCCUGCAAUCAGGAAAGCUUGAGGGGAGUGCCUCACAGUUACUCCUUCAUGUUUUUCAAAGGUCUAGGGUAGGAGAGAGAUUGCAUUUGCCCUCUUAGAGAUUUCUCAUGUAGCCCGGAGCCCCUGGGAUUUUGCUGACCUGGGCAGCCAUCAGUACUGCCUAUUCAUUGGGUUGGGUCAGUCUUGCUCCAUAUUUCCAACCUGUUCCUGAAAUGUCAUUACUCUUCUCUUUGCCAUAUGAAGAUGGGAUUGAAAGUUAAAUCCUGCCAUCCCCUAAACGUACUUUCAGAUAUCCUUUCCCUAAUUCCCCAAACGUCUCUUCUGUGAACUGCACUCUCCCUCGCACCAAAAUUAGAUCCAAACAUUUUUGGGUUUAAUCUUACCUUCGUUGCCUAAAUCUCUCUUUCUCCUGAUCCAUCUCAGCUGUUAAACUGCUCCUCGGUAUGUAUAGUUCUGAAUUAAUCUCUAGGAGAAGCCCCUAAAUUGAGGAGAAAGGAAAAAUGUGUGCCUUUAAGUCAUUUUUGUUAAUGCCUUAAUUUCCUAGUCAGUUCAUUUCUUUUUCUUUCAUCCCUUCUCCAUCUUUCCCAUUCUUAGUUAACCGUCUGUAUGAGAGAUACUAUUGUAUAAAGAUGGAAAGGAAUUACGUGCUAUCCUCACUUGCUAGUGCACAUCGGCUCCAAUCCAGCUCUAUGUAUAAACAAAGGGUGGCUUGGAGGGGGGAGUGGAUUGGGGAUGCCCACACAUUGGAAAAAAUAUUCAUAACAAGGCAAUGCAGAUAAUGCAUCACCACUCAGUUGUGCAUUUAGUUAUGCCUCUGACUCGCACUCCCAAUUUAUGCCUGAAUUUCCCAAUUUGGCAAAGAGAUAACCAUAUGGCAGUCCUACUUACAAGUAUGGAUUUUGUUAGCUGGAUCAGGCCAUGUGCCAUUCAACACCUUUUGUAAUGAAGAUUUUGCUUAUAUUGAUUGUUCCAUGACCAAUGCUUUCUGGAUGCUCUCUCUUUUUCUCUCUGCUGUUUCCACUUCCCUCUCCUGCUUCAUUUUGUCAGUUUAAAAGACUCCUCAUCACUUACUGUAAAUAAUUUGAUUUCUUGUAUCACGUGCACAAAACUUUAUUUCAAAGAAACUUUUAUCCAUUCAUGAAGAAAAAAGGAGAGAAUUCUUCGCUGUUACUUCACCAGCCAAAAAGAAAAGGAGAAAAAAAAUAGAGCAAUUUUAGCUUUUAAAAGAAAUGGCUAUAAAGAAAAAAGGUAUAUAAUUUUAUUACAGAUGUAUUAUUUAAUAGUAUUUUUUAAACUUGUACCACAAAACUCUCCUUUCCUUUGGAAAGUUGCUAUAGCAGGGAUAAUGCAACAAGGGAAAAGGUGGAGCUUGGUAUUGUUUUCACUAAUUCAGGGCAAAAUGGGAUUUGUAGGGUGGGGUGGGGGGAAGUUGUGUGGAACGUAAGAUUGUGAUGUGUUUUUAGCUGCACUUAUGGUUGUUAAUCUUGCCUAGGGUCUGUUUUAGGGAUCCGUGGGUUUGUUUCAGGUUUAGUCCUCCCAAAUGUUCCAUGGUGAAGGGGAUAAUGUUCCUUCCUGGGUCUUCUCAUCAGAUUAUCAUCCUUAAAUCCAUGGUGAGUGGCAGGUCAUGUCCAUACAGCAAUUGCUACUCCUUUCCCUUAUGUCCUCCAUUCUUCCUUACUUUGCCACUGUGGUAGGCAACAUGUAGCCAGAUCUAUAAAACGACUGCACUGAGUGAGUUUAGGGCUGUUUUUGGGCAGGUUUUGUGACCUCUUGGCCAUAAACUGAGUCUGGCGCAGAGCUUAGAAAUGUUAAUGAAAAUGGCUAACCUCUUAGCAUUAGUCACUGCUUUAAAUAUACAGUACAUUAACAUGUCAGAAAUUGGGGAUGAGGAGACUAAAUCUUAAAAUCCAGAGAGAAAAUGCUUCUGAAUUCCCCCUUUAAAAAACAGCCUUUAACACAACAAUUAAAAAUAUUCAUUUUGUAAGAAACCAUAACAUGUUGUAAUUUAAUCCCACCCCCUUCAAAGUGUAAUAUGUUGUAGGUAAUAUGACUUCUAAAGCUUUGAAAGUCUCAGGUCUGAAGAUAUGUUUCUUCUGGUACCAAGAAUGUAAAGGAGAAUAAGUUUCUCACUCAACCUACUAAAACUCACUUGGCCCCAUCACAAUCCCUUUAAGGCCAUCUAGCCACAUUUAGGUUAUACUGUCUUGGGUUCUUUGGGGGUCAGGCUGGGAUAUCAAUAAAAAUAAAAACAAAUUUAUCUCAGGUGCACUUAGACAUGUGCUCUGUCUUUUGCUGAACCAGGAUUAAUACAGGUGGGCAAACUGUACCCUGUGCUUUGCAUGUGGCCCACAGGCCUACUUUUCUGGUGCACAUAACCCUUUUUAUUUUUUUUUAAAAACCAUUUUUUUUAAAAUUGAAUUUUUGCUCUCAAAAAGACAUCCGAGGGUGUGCAGGGUGUUUCCACCACAUUUGAAGGCCACAUGGGUCAAUCUCUGUGUUGUUUUAAUUGGUUUUAUAUGUUCAUGGCCUUGAGAACCCUUGUGGGCUGGGAGGCAAUACAGAAAUAUUUUAAAUAAAUAAAACAAAAAAUUGCCAUUAAAAAGGGGGGGGUUGCCUCAAAAUGCCCUCUAGGGUUUCAGGAAGACCUCAAAACAUGGUUACACAGUAUGAACUCCUCCAUAUCCCUUGCAGUGUAUUUACUUGCAAACUGUGCUAGUGAUUACAUUGGAAAAUAUGACUUCCCAAGCUCUCCUGGGGUACUAAUGUGCCCCCCUAGCCUACCCCUCAUUUAGUAGAGUGUGGACUGUGAGAUAUAAAGCUGGCAAGCUGCUCUUUCUGUGUGAAAGCACUAUCAUUUUUUCACUUACUUUGGAUCCUCAGAUUCAAGGGUGAAAGUAGAGUAAAUUAUGUAAACUGAGGCUGGAUCUACACUGCCAUAUCAUCCAGUGUAGAUGGGACCUAAAUCUUGGUCCCCCAUAUAGCCAACCGUUGCCCACCUGUUUCUACAUCUGGCUUUUGUUUACUGAGCCCAAGCAUAUUAUAUAUAUAUAUAUUCUGGGACAGGCAGGGUGACCUGAAAAGAGGCCCUGUUUAACUUCUAGUAUCUACUAAAUUACAGCUGUCUAGAUGCAUAUUUUGGUUCCCUUCCCACUUGUACCCUUGUCAGGGCUAUCUUACCUCUCUUGAUUUGCUUAACAGACUCCACUAUGUGGAGCUGAAAUGAUGAAAUACAGAAAUAGGCUUGUUGGCAAUAGCCAAGAAACAGAGGGAGGAUCUUAUGUUCCCAAAAUAAAGGGAUGGGAACAAGAGGGCAACUCUCGUGAGGACUGUUGAUCUGAGAGCAGUUUGUUCCACCUAGAGAAACCUGAUUCUCUGCCUGCUGUUCUGCUUACUAUGGUGGUUUUGCUCCCAGGUGGCAAAAAUGACAAAUCUUUGUCACAGACAAAUAGCUAUGGACUACUAAAGAUAUUCCAUGCUGAGAUACUGGGGUGUAUUUAAGGAUAAAUCCAGGUGACUGCGUAGAGAAGGAUAUGUCAUGGGGUUUUUUCAUACCAUCAUUUCUGUGUCUUCAUACCUGUCUUAUUCUUCAGCUCCUUCAACAUAAGGACAAAUGUUACAGGAAUAGUGAGGAAGAACAAGCCAUAAAGAGACAAAAGCAAAAUGUGUAUUUGCCAAUAACCAGAAGAAUUAUCCAUGCAUUUCAGCAUUAGCUGCUGUAGUUACUUCUCUAAGCCUAUGUCUUCCAGAUGUGUUGAGAAACAGUUCUCAUUGUUGGCUGCCAGAAUGAGCAGGGAAUAUGUUGGCCGGGGAGUUACAGUCCAACUUAUCUGGAAGACAUUAGGUUAGAGAAAGCUAAACUACAGAGUACUGAAAUUUUUGUUAUGAAGGGUAGAAUAAUAAUGUUAGCAAUAUUAAACUUGGGUGGGACAUUUAUCCCCUACCACUCCCCCCUCCACUAAGUGUACCUUGUAUAACCUCUAUAAGGCAACUGCAGUCCUCUGUUUAGUCCUUUAAACAGGACUGUGAGUGCAUAGCACAUGCACUUACAUAAUUAUAUUGCCAAAUCCCUGGCUACUUUGCUUGGAAAAUGUGCUAAUAUGGAUUACAGGUGAUUACACCUUUUUUUUUAAAAAAAAGCCAGUCUUUAAAAUACUGUAUAUGUUAAAGACCACAAUUAGUACCCUGCUUAGACUUGUAGGUCUUCUUCAUAGUGACAGCCCUCAAUCACUCCAAUAGUGGCCCAGAACAUUUAAAUACUGUUGGAGGUGGAACUGAAAUUGAGUUUUCUGGGCUUCUUUACUCAGCUAGGAUCCAAUAGUCAAGUUGUAACCUGCAGACAUAAAUUCUGUGUCCGUGUCUCCCACCCCACGAUGCUGCUCACUCCAGCAGUCAUAUGAUCAGUUCACAAGAACAGGUUCAUUCAAUAACUUCCAUAUUCCCAGCCCCCUUAGGGUAUGUGCAUAAGUAUCUUUAAGCAGGAUUCCUUAUAGUCUUCACCCUUAGAGCAAAUCUGGCAUCCUCCCAUGCCGUCCAAGCACAUUUGAUAAAUAUACUCCUCAGCAUUCUAGCGCUCCACUCACUCAAUUGUGCUGCUCUUACCCACAAUCUUCAGCUGAGCCUUUUAAAAAAAGUGUUUCAGGAAGACUUACUCCAAUAUUAGCUGCUUUUUUUGCAAUUAUUUUGGAAAGAGUAACAAAAUCAGUCUCCUGGCAGAGAUAAAUUAAGUGAUGCCACAAGCACUGGCUAUUGGCAGCAUUGAGGGCAACUGGGCAGAACAGGUUAUGCUGAACUCCAUCCUGAAUGGAUAAUUCUGUACGCUUGUAUACAAAAUGACCCAGCCCAUUUAACAAUGUUCCUCGUUAUUUCACUUUCUAUUUGGCUCACUCAGGAAACAUGCAGAAAGAAUGCAGUAUGGGAUUUUUCACCUUUGCUAUUGAAUGCCGCCCCGUCUACACCCAGUAUGACGCACGUAGGGUCACACUUGUGCUCUAUGGACAGGUGCGGUCAGUCCAUGCAAGCUCUGCAGAUGCACCGGGUAGCCUGAUGAGAUUUGACGCAAGGAGUGUGUGCCAUGAAAGCAUCCUUCUAACUCAGUGGUUCCCAACCUUUGGGCCUCCAGGUGUUUUGGACUUCAGCUCCCACAGUCCCUAACAGCUGGUAACCUGGCUGGGAUUUCUGGGAAUUGAAGUCCAAAACACCUGGAGGCACAAAGGUUGGGAACCACUGUUCUAACCCUACUGUCACUGAAGUCUUGCAUCGUGCAUCUUCACAGCAAGGAAUACAGCCCCACAUACAUGCAUGGAUGUUACGCAAAACAAAGUGAUGGCUUGUUCUUUCCUACCCAGAUGGCAGGACUAGAACUAAUGAACUUAAAUUAGGAAAGAGUAGUUUUCAGUUGAACACUAAGAAAAACCUCUUAAUGAUAUGAGCAGUUUAAUAGAGAAACUAGUGAUCUAGAAAUAGAUGGAUUUUUAAAACAUGGAAGAGGUUUGAGCUUAAUGACUAUUCCUCAAGCUGAAACCAUUGAGAUGCUUUGGAUUUCAGCUUCAGGUAUGGUAGGCCAUUGGUUAUGUUGGCUGGGGCUGAUGUGCACCGUAAUCCAGUACCUCUGGAAUGCACUAUGAUGGGGAAAACUGGGCUUCAGCAUUUUCAACACUCAUUUAAAUUAUAAUUAGCUGCUGUAGAGGUGUGAACUUUUGGUCUUCCAAAUGAUUUGGGCUACAGUAUCCACAAUCCAUUACCAUUCGUUAUACAGGCAGAGGUGUCUGGGAUGUGAUGUCCAAAUGAUCUGGAAGAUACACAUACAAUUGUUUCUUUCUGUAAUCAAGAAUUCUUGAAGAUGCUAACUUUCUCCACUGAAUGCAUUUGGGCCUGCUUGCCAAAGGGCAACUCUAAUAGGAGCCUACUAUAUAACAAGGUUUACCAUUUGGAAACACCUCUUCGCUGCUCGUCUUUUUGAGUGACUAGGUUAUAUCUAUUUCUGCACCGAUUCAGCUUUCAUUUGCUGACUCACAUCAACAAUCCCAAAACACCAGUGUAAAAAAAGUCAUAUUUUCUUCUCUUUUCCAUGUUUCUGUUCACAGAAAUUUGCAAUAGAGUUGUGAAAUGAAAACAUUGCAGUUUGCGUGAUAACACUUAUUUUUGCCCCAUGCAAAAGAGACUCCCAUGUAAACUUGAUGCUACUCACUAACUUUAUAGUCAGGAAGAGAUGAGCCCCCAUUUUUACCGUUUUACAUCUCGCUUUCCACUGUCUUCUUUAAAAAUUUGCAGUGAGGAGGGAGAACAGGUAGAAAAGCAAGAACAGGAUUCACCAGCCAUUGUUUCCAUAUUUCUUCAUUUGGAUUUUUUUGGGGGGAGGGAAAUUUCUGCGCUGGCCAAAAGUAGCAACUAUUUUGAAAAGCCAUUAGUCCUUAGGACAACAGCAUGGAACAAGUGUGGGUGAGCGAAUGAGUGUGUGUGUGUAUGUGCGUGUGUCAGCUCCUGUUCCGUUGGUAUCCUUUCAGUAGGGACACCACACCAGUAUUAAGUUGUUGAGGGGGCUGUUGUUGUGGAGGGGAAUUGGGACUUUUUCAUUUCUUUCCUAAUCAACCCCUUUCACAUUACAUUGAAGAUGCUCCCCCAUACGUGGGGAAAUAUCUGUAGGUUCCCUGUCCCUUCUGCUUUUUUCUCCUGCUUUCUGUCUCUCUCUCUCUCUCUCUGUUUAUCUCGCUCUGGAUACAAUUUUCAGUUGAGUAUUUUGUAAUAUGUUCCAAUGUUUGUCCUUGUGUAAAUAAAAUUGUUUCUGGCAAUA